AUGUGUUGGUUAUUCCUGAUGCCGAUAACGAUCCUGCUGGUGGCCAGUCUCCUGCUGGGGGGCAUAACCACGGCCACGUUCAAUUGCGAACGCUACUCGCCCCGCAUGUCCUUCUGCAAAAGCAACCUCGAGAAGGCCACCCAGGUGGCUGCCGAGGCGGCCAAGGCUGCCAAGGCGGCUUUGGAUGCCCAGACGGAUGCCGGUGAGGCGGCCAGUCAGCAGGUCAAGCUAAUGCUGUCGGAACGCGCCCAGCAGGCGGCCAAAGCGGCCACCCAGGUUCUGGCCGGUAAGAAGCAUCAAUUGGACAUUUUAGCCAAGCGCCUGGAUGAGAAUCGCAAGGCCAUCGAGGAGGGCAAGCGGGCCAUUGCCGCCACCAUAUGCACCCUCAAGAGGUCCUUGUGGAUACGGGACAACACACGGCAGGGCCUGAAAAAUAUGAUUCGCAUGUACAAGGAGUCGCGCAGCACCCGGGCGGACAUCAAAUACCUGGCGGCCUUUGCCCAGCAGGAGGAGGCGGAGAAGAAGAAGCUCCUGCAGGCAGCCUUGCGGCGAUUGGUCGAGCUGAAGAAAUGCAUGAAGCAGGCCCAGGCGGAGCUUAAAAAAAUCCGCGAGAGCGUCAAAAAGGCCAACUGUGCUGCCGUGGAGGCCAGGCAAAGGAGCGACUUGCUGCGCAAGCUGGUGCCAAAGAUUAAGAAGCUCAAACGCGAGGAUCUAAAGACCGUGAAGGAUUUUCUGCUCAAGCGCAGGCGUUCACACAUUCGCAAUUAA